AUGACCGGCUUCCUAUCAGACCUGGUACAGUAUCAGGGGCUCUUUCAAAUGAUCACUGUGCUGGGGAUCGGUGGAACAUUCCAAAUUGGCUUGCAAAUUUCUAGCAUCACCUACAUGUCUCAGCAUGUUAAGGCUUUCAUUAAUGAAACUUGGCUGGAGCGAUAUGGCUACCCCAUCCAUCAGGAUAAUCUCUUGUUCCUAUGGUCUAUCACCGUGUCCAUCUUUGGUAUAGGAGGUCUCUUGGGUUCUUCAGGAAGCAGAUACCUGACUGUCAAGUAUGGCAAAAAGAAAUGUCUCCUGUGCAACAAUCUGCUCAUGAUAGUGGCUGCAUCUAUCAUGGGCUGCAGUAAAAUAGCCCGGUCCUUUGAGAUGAUUCUAAUUGGACGCUUCAUGUGUGGAAUAAGUGCAGGUCUUUGUGUUCCUCUACAUCAUCAAUACGUUGGGGAAAUUUCCCCUAGGAAGCUACGUGGAUUUGCAAACUCUACUUCCUCUUUCUUUUGGUCACUGGGAAAAGCUGUAGGGCAAAUUUCAGGACAAAGGGAGCUGCUGGGCAGCCAGUCCCUGUGGCCCAUGCUCAUGGCCUCCUGUGGACUUCCAGCACUGGUCCAGCUAGUCACUCUGCCCUUCUUCCCUGAGUCCCCACCAUAUCUCCUCAUGCAUAAAGGAGACCAGGAAGGCUGCAAAAAAGCCAUAAGGCAGCUUUGGGGUGAAGGCCAUCACCAAGCAGAGAUUGAUGACAUCAUGAAAGAGAAGGCAACAAUGAAAAACACCAAGAUCUUGAGUGUCCUGGAGCUAAUGAAAGAACAAGCUUUCCGUUGGCAGCUGUACAUGAUAGUUAUUCUGACCGCCACAGUUCAGCUAUGUGGCAUCAAUGCAAUUUACUUUUAUACUUUUGAAGUCCUCCAGGCAGCAGGCUUUGAUGAAAGAAUGAUCUCCUAUAUGACCCUCUCAGUUGGACUCUCUGAACUCGUAGCUACUGUAGUCUGUAGCUCCAUCAUUGAGCGACUGGGCAGGAAAGUGCUCCUAAGAGGAGGCUAUUGGAUCAUGGGUUCACUGCUAGCUGGUAUCACCGUGACUCUCUCUCUACAGGACUGGUAUUUCUGGAUGCCAUACUGCAGCCUGUGUCUGAUUAUCUUGUUCACAGUUGUCUUUGGAGUUGGGCCAGCUGGUGCCACAAUUUCCAUUAGGAUUGAAAUUUUCAAGCUCUCAUGCAGACCACCUGCCUUUGUGAUCAGCGCAGUUCUCAACUGGCUGGGCGUCUUUGUGAUCGGAACAAGCUUCCCGUUCAUUGUGGAAAGACUCAAGCACUUCUGCUUCCUCAUCUUUAUGGGGGUACUUUUUACUUCAGGGAUAAUUAUCCACCUGUUCCUUCCAGAAACAAAAGGGAAAUCAAUCUUGGAAAUCACAGAAGAAUUUAAUAAACUAAACUUUAAAAAGAAGCAUAUUCCAACAAGUCCAAAUCAUGUCACGGAGGAUUACACCUUCUGCACCAGGCUGUGACCGGCAGUUAGGGGGAGUCAGGCUUUCUUGAAAGGAAGAAAAAAAAGACAUUUGUCGUUUUCUGACUAGCAAGUCAGUCAAAAUGGACUGUCAGUUUUCAUAUCUGUCACUUAACAAGGUUCCCAUUUUGCCAAACCAGCACCUUUCUCAAGCACUCCACUCUG